AUGAAAGUGACCGUGUGUUUCGGCAGGACCGGAAUCGUGGUGCCCUGCAAGGAGGGCCAGCUGCGCGUCCGGGAGCUCACACAGCAGGCGCUGCAGCGGUACCUGAAGACCCGCGAGAAGGAUCCUGCCUACUGGGUGAAGAUUCAUCACUUAGAAUACACAGAUGGAGGAAUCCUGGAUCCAGAUGAUGUCUUGGCAGAUGUCGUUGAAGACAAAGAUAAGCUGAUUGCUGUGUUUGACGAACAAGAACCACUCCACAAGAUUGAGAGCCCCAGUGGAAACCCCACAGGCCGGCAGAGCCCAGAUGCUUUUGAGACGGAAGUGGCUGCACAACUGGCUGCAUUUAAACCAGUCGGUGGGGAAAUUGAAGUAACCCCUUCUGCUCUGAAAUUAGGCACUCCACUGCUGGUGAGGAGAAGCAGUGACCCAGCGCCAAGCCCACCUGCUGAUGCCCAGUCAAGCGCUUCACACCCCAGUGGUCAGAGUCUGAAACCUGUGAUUCCAAAUUCCACAGAGGAAUUAGAAGAUGGAGAAGUUAUGAAUGGUAUGCAGACAGAACUACUGACAUCACCAAAAACUAUGGAUGCAUUGAGUGAUAUGACAAGAACGGUGGAGAUUUCCGGGGAAGGAGGCCCCUUGGGAAUACAUGUAGUGCCUUUCUUUUCAUCUCUGAGUGGAAGGAUUCUAGGACUCUUCAUUCGUGGCAUUGAAGAAAACAGCAGGUCCAAACGGGAGGGACUGUUUCACGAAAAUGAAUGUAUUGUAAAAAUCAACAACGUGGACCUCGUAGACAAAACCUUUGCCCAGGCUCAAGACCUCUUCCGUCAGGCAAUGAAAUCUCCAAGUGUGCUCCUCCGCGUGCUUCCACCUCAGAACCGGGAACAGUAUGAAAAAGCAGUCAUUGGACCUCUUAACAUUUUUGGCAACAAUGAUCGCAUGUUGAGAACAAAGGAGCCGCCUCCUGUCCAAGGAAAAUCAGGAAUAAAGACAAUAAAUCUCACAGGAACAAGCAGUCCUGAAGAAGAUGCAUCAACUUCUCUGCAACAGAGCAAGAGCCCCCGAGUACCAAGACUAGGUAGAAAACCAUCCUCUCCCUCACUCUCCCCACUCAUGGGGUUUGGCAGCAAGAAGAAUGCAAAGAAAAUUAAGAUUGACCUAAAGAAAGGGCCUGAAGGACUUGGUUUCACUGUGGUUACCAGAGAUUCUUCCAUACAUGGUCCGGGUCCCAUUUUUGUAAAAAACAUUUUACCAAAGGGAGCAGCAAUAAAAGAUGGCCGCCUGCAAUCAGGGGACAGAAUUUUGGAGGUCAAUGGCAGAGAUGUCACUGGACGAACUCAGGAAGAGCUUGUGGCCAUGCUGAGGAGCACUAAGCAGGGAGAGACUGCAUCGCUGGUCAUAGCCCGCCAAGAAGGAACUUUCCUACCCCGAGAGCUGAAAGGAGAACCUGACUGUUGUGCAUUCUCCCUGGAAACAACUGAGCAACUUACCUUUGAGAUCCCAUUGAAUGAUUCCGGUUCUGCUGGUCUUGGGGUGAGCUUGAAAGGGAACAAAUCUCGAGAAACUGGAACAGACUUGGGGAUUUUUAUCAAGUCCAUCAUCCACGGAGGUGCUGCUUUUAAGGAUGGCCGUCUGCGGAUGAAUGACCAGCUGAUUGCGGUUAAUGGGGAAUCUCUUCUGGGAAAGUCCAACCACGAAGCUAUGGAAACACUUAGACGAUCCAUGUCCAUGGAAGGAAACAUCCGAGGGAUGAUCCAGUUGGUGAUUCUGAGGAGGCCAGAGAGACCAAUGGAGGAGCCUGCAGAAUGUGGGGCAUUUUCUAAGCCCUGCUUUGAGAACUGUCAAAAUGCUGUAUCCACCACCAGGAGAAAUGAUAGUAGUACAUUACAUCCAUUUGGCACGUACAGUCCACAAGACAAACAGAAAGACCUAGCGCUUCCCAGUGAUGGAUGGGCUGAGAGCGAAGUGCCACCUUCUCCCCAACCACAUCCCGCUCUGGAAUUGGGCCUUGAAGAUUACAGCCACAGCUCUGGGGUGGACUCAGCAGUGUAUUUUCCAGAUCAGCAUAUCAACUUUAGAUCUGUGACACCAGCCAGGCAGCCUGAAUCAAUGAAUCUGAAAGCCUCAAAGAGCAUGGACCUCGUGCCAGAUGAAAGCAAAGUCCAUUCAUUGGCUGGACACAAAUCGGAUUCUCCAAGCAAAGAUUUUGGUCCAACUCUGGGUUUGAAAAAGUCCAGCUCCUUGGAGAGCCUACAGACCGCAGUUGCUGAGGUCAGGAAGAAUGAACUUCCCUUCCACCGGCCUCGGCCACACAUGGUCCGUGGCCGGGGCUGCAACGAGAGCUUCCGAGCAGCCAUUGACAAAUCUUAUGAUGGACCUGAAGAGUUAGAAGCCGAUGGUCUGUCUGAUAGGAGCUCUCACUCUGGCCAAGGAGCUCUGAAUUGUGAAUCUGCACCUCAGGGGAACUCUGAGCUAGAAAAUGCAGAAAAUAAAGCCAGGAAAGUCAAAAAAACGAAAGAAAAGGAGAAGAAGAAGGAAAAGGGCAAAUUAAAAGUCAAGGAGAAAAAGCAGAAAGAGGGAAAUGAAGAUCCAGAAAAGAAAAUAAAGAAGAAGGGAUUUGGUGCCAUGCUAAGAUUUGGGAAGAAGAAAGAUGAUAAGGGUGGAAAGGCAGAGCAAAAAGGUCCUCUGAAGCAGGGUGGCCUGAGAGAAGAGGAACUGGAAAAAAUGAAAGAAGAACGUGAGAGGAUUGGAGCAAAACAUCAGGAGCUAAGGGAAAAGCAGGCAAGAAGUCUUAUUGAUUAUGCUACUGGUGCAAUUGGAUCACUGCAUGAUAUGGACGAUGAUGAAGUGGACCCCAACUAUGCCAGAGUGAACCACUUCCGGGAACCAUGUACAUCCGCAAAUGUCUACAGGUCUCCAUCUCCGCCUCGGGCUGGACCACUGGGCUACCCUCGAGAUGGCCGUCCACUGUCUCCAGAGAGAGACCACUUAGAGAGUCUCUAUGCCAAGGUCAACAAGCCAUACCAUCCACCAGUGCCAGCUGACAGUAGCCGGUCCAUGAGUGGAAGUGCUGACCGCAUCCAAAAGUUGCGGAAAGAGUAUUACCAGGCUCGGAGAGAAGGUUUCGCUUUAUAUGAGGAUGACGAAGGAAGAGCAAGACCUGACUAUGACCUUCACUGGGUGUCUGGAAAGGGUCCAGAUGGGAACGCACACAACCUCCGCUUUGAGGGGAUGGAGCGACAGUACGCCUCCUUACCCAGGGGAGGACCAGCAGACCCUGUAGACUACCUGACAGCGGCAUCUCGGGGGCUCUACAAGGAAAGGGAGCUUCCCUAUUACCCAGGGGCUCAUCCUGUGCAUCCACCUAAAGGAAGCUAUCCUCGCCCCCCAGAUCUGAGAGUCACAGAUCUCCGGUAUCCCCAGUACUACCCACCCCCACCAGCCCCCCAGCACAAAGGACCUUUCCGACAAGAUGUCCCGCCUUCCCCUCCUCAGCACCACAGAGUACCAGCCUACCCAGAAAUGGGCAGACCAGGGCCCCGAGGGAGCAGCCCAGAUCAGUACCCCUACCGAACCCAGGAUCCCAGGCAGAAGAACCCCAUGACUGCAGCCGUGUAGCUGAACACCGCCAAGCUCAGCCCAGCCCAGGACGGAAGACAUCCAGCAUCACCUUUGUUCUUCCUACACCUUAAGGCCUUCUUCCUAUCGAGAAUUCUCUAUGGUACAGAUUAGAUUUUUCUCACUGAAGCUGCAACACUUGACCACUAAUCAGAAAGAAUGGAGUAGGAGUUUGGGGAGGGAAAUCAGAAGAAAGAGGAAGGAUAGGGCCAUAAAAAGAAAACUGCCUGAUAUUUGAUAUACAUUUAGAAUUGUUCAGUUCACUGAGAGUGGCAAUUGAACAGGCAAAUAGCAGUGGAUAUCUACAGCAUGGCCAACUCUCUGGAACACAGACAUGCAUAGCAUUGGCGUCAUGGGGGGAGAGGGGCCAGUCUCUGUCUGGGACAUCAUCCAUUCAGAGGCUAAGCUUCAGCCACCUCCUCAAGUUGUUAAGUCUGUGAAGAAUAGCUGCAAAUAUGAGCAUCCUAAGAGAGUAGUCUUUGCAUUGAGAAAACAACAAACAUGAAGAGUGAGCUCCUUGAAAUGUUUUGUACCCAGAGGAAGGCUGCAUUUAUUUGUAGAAUUUCUCAGGUUCUCAGUACCACUCACUUGGUGUAAGCAUUUCACGUUUCCUCGCUUUUUAUAUAAAAGAUGUGAAUGCAGUAUUAGUGUCCUGGGAGAAUUCACAAAGCUAGUCAGGGCUUCCAGAAGAAAUCUAUGCCUAGGAUCAAGGCAAUGAAGUUAAAAGGCUAAAAUUCCCGUGGUCCUUACCUUCCUUUCUCCCACAUCCCAGGCAGGAUAGCAUAGAGAUAUCUGGCUUCAGACUCAUCCCCAAAUCUCCUGCUUGUCAUUAUUGUAACUGGGGCCUUUAAGACUCCCACUUGAGAGCUGAGACGUACUCAGGAAAGAGAGGGCCCGCUGGUUAGGUCACACAGGAAGCAGUGCUCUGGAGAUGCCAAUUCUAGACUCAGUGCCAAACAGCACCAUAUGCACCCAGGGUCAGGAAAGGGCUGACGGUGCUCUUUGGGAAUGAUAACAAGCAAGCAGUAACAGUGUGUGUGUAUGUGUGCGUGUUUAUGAAAGUGUGUGAUUACCAGUAUGGAGAAUGGAAAAUAAAUACACUUUCUGGAAAGUUUGAUGAAGAAGAGAAUAAAAAGGAAAACAACAAACAGAAGAGAAGGGAGAAGGAGCAUAAAACUAAAUCAUUCUACAUCUGCUAUAUUUCAGUAACACAAGUCAGAGCAAGACCAAGGCCAAGGUCUCCAGUUGGGAAAAGGUCUUAUGGCUUUGAAAAGCUAACCCACCCUCCCACCCACCCCACCCCUGCCUCCAAAAUCCAUCACAAUUUCUUUAGAGCUUUGCACAGAUAUUGUACUUAUUUCAUCAUAGAUUAGAGCCUCUAAACCCUGACCCAAAUGAGAACACAAGAGAAGACUGAGAAACAGCAAAGCAUGGGAGCAGCAACUCAAAUUGCUCAGUGACCCUUGCAGUCCUCUAAGCCUUUUACAUUCCUUCUUCAUUCCCUCCCCCAAAAAUGCCUUGAGUUCAGUUCAGACAUAUUCUGGCUGAGAUUAGAAUACCUCUGACUGCUAGGAUUUAAUAAAUUAUAGUAUUGAUGUUAUUGAAUACAUAGAGUAUCUAUCCUGCCUAGUUUAGUAUUUUUUUUUUAAUUUAAAAUAUAGUUCUGUUACCAAGAGUGAUGCAACUGCUGGGUUUAGACUUAACUAGUGUUAUUUACUGAACUUUAAGAGGUAUCAUUUUCUAAACUACAGUUUACUUACGGCCCUCUUGAGAAUAGGUUGUCGAGUUGUUUUUGGCCCUCUGUCAUCUCUCUUAAGCCAGGCACCUUUAGAAUCUUUGCAAUUUGUUCUGAGGUUGAACCCUGGGCCCUUCUCACCUCGAGGUGGAGUGUAGGUGAGCCAUAGCGUUUCCCGACCAACAAGCUGCAAGCUGCCUUCCCUUGAGCUAAAUAAACCUUCAAGAAGACAAUGGUAAGAUGAGAGAGGUAUGAUGUGUUUUGAAGCAAUAAAAGCCAGCUCUUCAGGAUGUUCCAUAGUUUAACCAAAUUUCUGUAGACUACUGCAUAGAGCCAAGUCAGAGGUUUCCUUCUGGAUUAAGGCCAAGUUCCCCCAAGGGGCAGUGAUGGAAGGUGAGACACUCCGAGCAGCCCCAGUAGGAAGAAUGCCCAUAUUUUCACCAUGUUGGCAGCUUGUGAGCAUGGUAUCUCCUGCACUAAGUCUCAAGGAACGCUGCUCCAAGCAUGGUUUUGAGUGUGUGUGCGCUCAGUCGUGUCCCACUUUGCCACCCCAUGGACUGUAGCCCACCAGGCUCCUCUGUCCAUGGACUUUUCCAGGCGAGACUAUUGGAGUGAAGUUGCCAUUUCCUCCUCCAGGGCAUCUUCCUGACCCAGGGAUCGAACUGGCAUCUCCUGCAGUGGCAGGUGGAUUCUUUACCACUGAGCCACGUGGGAAGCCCUUUUGAGUUGUAUACACAGGCAGUAAAGCAAUCACUAAUUCUGAGGGGGCAGCCAAGGAUGUGAAUGUACUAUGAAAAGUAAUGGGAAAAGAUUAUAGCAGUUUUCUUUUCCUGCUUGAACCUCUUUGACCUUACCCAGAAGAAGCCAACAUUGUAUGUAUGACAGUCUUCAUCAAGUCGAGUAACAGUUAAGAACAGCUUGAAUGCAAGCUUUAUAAAUGCCUGUGAACCAACCCAACUGUCACCACCCAGAGGUUAUGGAACUCUUUCCCAGUAUUUAGAAGGACAGGUUGUUUAGAGUAUUUAGAAGACCAGGCUAUAAUCAGUGGGCUCCUAGUAGCAGGAAAUAAUAGUUCCUGAUUUAUUUUUGGCCUUAGAAAAACUCAGUCAGGUGUCUCCUUGUAGCUCAGAAUGCAAAUAGCCCCCCAGGAAAAGGUGGCACUGAGAGCUUGGUGAGCUGAAAACCCGUCAAUGUACACCUGCCUGGCUCCUGAUCUGACCACUGGGUCAUCCAGAGCUUGAAGUGAUGUGUUGACCUCAAGUCACUAGAUAUUUUAAGGAGCUCUUUUUCUGUCCUUUUGCAGUACAGAGAUGUAAGAAAGGAGACCACAGAAUACUUUUAGAUGCAGGCGAACUCAGUCCUCUACAAGGGAGAGAAGAAACACAACAUCUCACUAACCCUUCAUGUCAUUGGGCUGUGUCAGUAUCACCGCUGGUAUAAUCUUGCUUCCCCACAGUAUCACAUCACUGGAUGAAAGGAAAGUUCAGAGUCAGGAUUAUUUUCUCAAAUCAUGGUUGAGUAACAACAAAAAGUGGGGGAAAAUUUACUGUGAAGCUCCUUAUUAGGUUUUUAGAUCUGUAUGUGUUGACUUCACAGUAUAGUACAGAGCAAAGAUCUUAUAAUUAGCAGCACCGUCACCCCGAGGAGGAAACUCUAUGCACACGAACUGAUAAAAGGAGACUCAAGACUUCACUGUAGCUUGAUUUUUGCCGCCAAUAACAAAAUUAAAACAUGGUUCAUUAUCCCUUCCGAAGAUUUAUGAACUCCUUGAAUGAAAUCUAUUUUCUGAACGAAAUCCACCUGAUAAGUUUCAGAGUUGCCAUGCAUAGGGUUGGUAUGACCCUUCCUUUUCUUUGGAGGAACAUCUUAGCAUUUCAGGGGGACAGAGAGAGCUAGAGAGUUCAGUGUGGACAGCAAUGCAUGUCUAUAAAAUUCCCAUCAGCAUUAAACUCUGAAAUUUACAAUGAACAGCCUUCAAAUCGGUGCUAAAUUGGGUAGACACCCUGCUGCUUUCUGAGUCCAUGAGUGAAAUAUAUCUCAGUCCAGAUUUACUGCAGUUAGGCAGGAGGGUGUUGGGAGUCAGAAACGGCCCACGAUGGUGUUUCUCUGUACUCCCAGUUCACACCGACUUAAGUGAAAAUGAUGCCACAAUGAGAGCAGAAAGAGGAGUCUCCGUAAGAUAUCCCUACAAAGCCACCUUUCUGAUAAAAAAGAGAAUGAAAGUGAGAUAUCUAAAAUAAGCCUAGAAUCUCAUAUGCAGCUCAGCUUCUAAGGGGAACUCUUUCUCCCUCGUGUCCUUAAAUAGUAAUAGAAUCUCACACAGCCUGACUUUUAAAGGUGGACUUCACUACCGCACAGGACGGAGGGUGAACUAACCACUGAGACUGUCUCCUGACUCAGCUCUUUCAGACAGUGUUACGUUCCAUCUAUGCUGACUGCAGUGCUGUUUACUACUGGGAACAUACAAACAAAACCUGCUGUUUAUACAGUCACUUUUUCUAGUGUUUUCCUUUGCUAAUAUGAUACCAAGUCUGUUCAUAAGUUCUGAAGAUAAAUUAUGUGAAAUCAUAUUUUGGCAUACGAUUGAGGGUGGAGAAUGAAUUCUUUACGGUCUUUUUUGGAUGAUCCCAUUUGUACCACAGAAACAUUUUGGAUAUUGUUAUAUAUGAAUAUAUAAAUUUUUCUUGUUUAUUUUGCAUUAAAAUAAAGCUUUAUUCAGUCAGUAA